GAUGUCACCUAUAAAUGCCUUAUAAAUGGGGCAAGUCUCUGGGUGCAUCCAAACAGGUGAUCUGCACCGAUGCCCAGUGCUGCAGGCAUGGCUGUCUCUGUGCUGCGGCUGACAAUUGUCCUGGGACUACUCGCCCUCAUCCUGACUUGCCAGGCCGAUGAUGCAUAUGACAAACCAGAUGACAAGCCAGAAGGCUCGGACAAAAACCCAGAGCCAGAAUUCCCCAAAUUCCUAAACAUCUUGGGCACAGAGAUCAUUGAGAAUGCAGUGGAGUUCAUCCUCCGCUCCAUGACCAGGAGCACAGAAUUUAUGGAAUUUGAUGAUAAACAAGGAGAACAUUCAGCAAAGUGA